AUGCCCAAAGUGCGAUCCGUCCGCAACCGAACCCGCCAGCCGCCGGAGGGCUGGGACCUGAUCGAGCCGACCAUCGAGGAGCUGGACGCGAAGAUGCGCGAGGCGGAGACCGAGUCACACGAGGGCAAGCGCCGAACGGAGGCACUCUGGCCGAUCUUCAAGAUCCACCACCAGCGAUCGCGCUACAUCUUCGACCUCUUCUACAAGCGCAAGGCCAUCUCCCGCGAGCUGUACGACUACUGCAUCAAGAAUCGCAUCGCCGACGCCUCCUUGAUCGCCAAGUGGAAGAAGCAAGGCUACGAAAAUCUGUGCUGCCUGCGCUGCAUUCAGGCUCGUGACACCAACUUUGGCACCAACUGCAUCUGCCGCGUUCCCCGCGAGAAACUCGAAGAGGGCCGCAACAUUGUCGAGUGCAUUCACUGCGGCUGCCGAGGCUGCUCUGGUUAA